AUGUAUGCCGACCAUUUUUCUCUCAAUAAUUUACCUUUCGGAAUAGCAAGCUCGACGGCACAUCCAACCAGAUGUGUUGUAACAAGACUUAGGAACACUGUCAUCUUUCUUGAUGGACUUCAGGGGGUUGUAAGUCUUUCCAAAGACCUGAUAGCAACUCUUCGGCUGCCGACUGUGAAUAAACUUGCGGCACGCCCCAAAUAUGAGCAUAAGCUACUUCGCGAAAUUUUGAUUGAUGUUCUCGGCAAGAAAACUCCACCAGAAUUACAUACCGAAGAUGUGUCAUCGGUUCAAAUGCAUCUCCCUGUUGAUGCUGCUGGAUUCACAGAUUUCUCUUGCUCCAUGGAACAUUGUUUAAAUGCCGGAGAAGCCAUAAUGAAAAAAAGGGUCCUACCGCCUGGGUUUUUGCAUUUUCCAAUAGGCUACACCGGUCGUACCUCUUCACUAGUGGUAUCGGGGACCCCUAUCACAAGGCCGAAUGGGCACUUCAAACAAAAGGAAGAAGUUGUGGAUGGGCCAACAAGACAGAUGGAUUAUGAGCUUGAGGUUGCGGCCAUUAUUGGUAAAUCUUCGACAUUGGGGGAACCCAUCUCAAUAAAUGAUGCAGAUGACCAUAUAUUCGGACUGGUAUUGAUAAAUGACUGGAGUGCACGAGAUAUUCAAGGCCUGGAAAUGUCUCCACUGGGUCCCAUGAAUGGAAAAAGCUUUGCCACAACCAUGAGCCCAUGGAUUGUCACGCUUUUUGCUCUGGAGCCUGCCGAGAUUCCAGCUCGACCCAAAGACCUCCCUGUUUCCUCUUAUCUACGAGAUAAUAAACAAGCAAAUACGUACGACAUCAAGCUCGAAGCGGAAUUAGUUACGAAUGAAUCGACAACAACUAUUUGUCGCUCAGAGUUGAAAUGGAUGUAUUGGACUGUAAGGGACCUAGUAGCUCAUCAAACCUCUAAUGGUUGCAAUCUCAACACGGGAGAUAUUUUGGCAACAGGCACCAUCUCAGGAACUGUUGAAACCUCACAUGGCUGUCUUUUAGAACUGACCAAAGGAGGAGAAAACGACUUCGCGUUAAGCGAUGGAGAUUCAAGAACAUAUCUCCAGGAUGGUGAUAUGAUAAGGUUAACAGCCCAUGUUAGCGAAGGUGUCGGGUUUGGUGAUUGUUGCGGAACCCUUCUACCUGCAAUUCAGCGUCAAAAAAAGCUGUAG